AUCUUUCCAAUGUCUCAACAAUAACGAUCUUCCACGGAUCUUUCCGACAGCUGUUCCCUGUCCUUAUCCGCGACGCUUACGUCACGAACGUGGUGGCUCGAGAUUUCCCUUGCGCAUGCGCACUACGGAGUAGCAGGCGGUGUUCGGUGGGAAUGGAGAGCGGCUGUCACGUUUCCAGUUCACGUGCUCACGAGCCGUGGGCAAGUCAGUUGCCUUGAGGUGGCAUACAGGAUAGUGUUGUCUCUGUUUCAUCAAAACAGUUGAUUUUGUGUGACAAUAUUCUCAUUGUGAUCGAUAGCGACGCCGUACGUAAGAAAGUUGAGUUAUCAGAAAAUGAAAAGUGACAGAGAUACUCCAUCUCUAAAAAAUACUGAACCAGCCAGCCAUCUUUACCAAGUUUACCUCAUACAAGAUAAUAGUAUAUACGGGCUGGAUUGGAUUAAAAGGAGAUAGAUUACCAAUGUAGGUGUGUGCUAAUCGCAGGUCACGAAACUCUGUACACCAACAACAGCCAGCAGCAGAGCAUUGACAGACUUUACAAAUGCAGUCCACGUGAUAAUCGCCCACAAAUUGCUACACAGCCCUUGUACUUCGUGAAUUAAGCCUACAGUAAAAUAAAAAUGGAUGUUAUGUUUCAUUUGGAGAUCCAAAACAUAUUUGCAUCACUAGGUGGCAAUGUAGGAGAUGUUUAUCAAAUUAAUGAAAAUUGUUUAAGUGCUUUGGGUGAAAUACUAAACAAAUUUUCAACGGAUAUUCAAUCAGAUCGUAAUUUUCGAAGAUAUCUUUGGUUGUCACAUGCAAUUAAGAAGGAGUUUAUACCACUUCUGAUCAAUGCAAAAGAUGAUAUUAGAAUAACAGAUGGCAUAAUAAGAGUGUUUGUGAACGCAACAACACCAAUAGAAUGCUUAUUUGCAGUGGAUUCAGUAUCAAAGACAGAUGCUGGUCGCCUCACAAUUUCCGAGGUAAACCAGUUACUCUUAUCAGGAAAGGAAGCAUUUGUGGAUUCUCGAAGUACGAGGGCUGUCAUCGACUUCAUGAAAAUAUUACUUGAGAAGAAGGAAAAGCUAUCUGAAAGUGAAUGUGAGAGCAUCAAUAAUUGCUUACUUCUGCUGCGCAAUAUUCUACAUAUUCCAGAAACACGCAUUAACCAGUCAUCUACAAACCAUACCAGCAUGCAAAAUCAGAUUCUGUGGAAUAUAUUUGCACAGAAUGUGGACAAGAUUCUUAUCCAUCUUUUGACAUGCGAGCAAAAGGCACACUGGGGUGUGACAAUGGUUCAGCUCAUUGCAUUAAUCUACAAGGAUCAGCAUGUAGGAACACUGCAGAAUCUUUUGAAUCUCUGGUUUGAAGCAUCUCUUAGUGAAAGCUCAGAGGAUAAUGAAAGCAACACUUCACCACCGGAUCAAGGUGCAGAAGACUCUUCAACUAUGGUAACAUCAGACCCAACAUCUGAUUCCUCAGACAAUGGUGGUAACAAUUAUGAGAAAUCACUUACUAAUCACUGUGGCACUGGUGAAAUGAAACAGAAUACAAAUGAACAACAUCCCUCAAAACAGCAUUCUUAUAGAAAAACUUCUCACUGUGAAGCAAACAAAGCAAACAGAAAAAAUGCAGUUGAAAUCCAACGCAAGCCUCAAACCCCAAUGCGACCAAAUAGAAAAACAAGUGUAGGCAAAACCUUCAAUAAAAAAAAACAUCGGAGUGAUUCUGAAGAAGUUACUCCAUCUCAUACAACAGCCACUGAACAGAAGUCAGGUGCACUUCACACGCAACAUAGUCCCAACAGCUGGUCUAUGGAUACAUCCAACAAUCUUAGAAAAGAUUGUCCAUCAGCAUCAGAGCUUUCAGACUAUGGAUAUGGUACUCAGGUGGAAAAUCAAGGUUCUGUAUCAACCUCCAGCAAUGAUGAUGACAGCCCACAAUUUAAAAGACCAGUACAUCAGAAACUACAUUCAAUGCAAAAGUUAUGGUAUAAUUCCAAACCAGCACAACUGAUGAAGGUAGAUCAGAAAGAAUGGAGAAGAAAGAAGCUGGUAAAAAGAAGUAAAACAAACAUAAUGAAUAUGAAAGCACUACUUCAUCAUACUCCUACAGAUGAAGAUAUCUCCAAUCUCCUAAAGGAAUUUACAGUGGAUUUCCUUUUAAAAGGAUAUGGAUGCUUGGUGCAAGAAUUAUUUAUACAGCUUCUCUCACCUAAACAGUGCAUACAAGUUGAUACAUCACACUUCUUUUGGCUAAUUACAUACUUCCUGAAAUUUGCAGCACAAUUGGAAUUGGAGUUGGAACAUGUUAAUGUGGUCCUGUCCUCUAGAAUUGUCUCGUACUUGACUUAUGAAGGAGUAAAUCUGUGUGAGGAACUGGAAAUUUGUUUUCCUCAAGAGAGUGCUGAUGUCAAACCAUCCAUUCGUAGACUGCAUCUGGUGGUGACUGCAAUUCGUGAAUUUAUUCAAGCUUUGGAAACAUACAAAAAAAUAUCACAUUUAAGCCCUGAGGACAGGGACUAUCUUCUGCAAUUGCAGUUGGAAAUUGCAAUGACUGAAGAGCUGAAAUAUUUAUUCCUUCUACUUUUGCGCAGUUACAAUCAAAAAUUUCAGACAAAGCAGUAUCUCCAGGAUGUUAUAGUUAGUAAUCAUAUUCUGAUGCUAUUUCUGGACUGCACAUCUAAGCUCCCACAAUACAAAGGAAAUGCUUCCAUGACAGAACAUAUUAAACAGUUUGCAACUACAGAAAUAAUGUACCAGUAUGGAAUUCUUCUUGAAGAUUUCCAAAGUAAUGGAGAGUUUGUCAAUAACUGUGUCUUCACAAUGAUGCAUCAUGUAGCAGGGGAUUUGGAAAAGGCUACAGUACUUUUUCAGCCACACAUUCUUAAAUCCUUUUCACAGAUAUGGGAGACAGAUUUUGAAGUAUCUGAUGUUUGGUCUGAUUUAAUUGAAUAUGUGAUCCACAAAUUUGUUAAUGUACCUAAACAAACUCCAGUGGCUCUUCAUCUACCAUCUGAACAAAAUGUACAAAUGAAAGACUCAGAAAGUAUUAAAAGUGACAAAGAUACAGGGUGGUCAAAGGAUGAGAAAGAUAAUUUAUACUGGUACUAUGUACAGAGUGCAAGGAGUUCUGAUCCCUUUGGAAAGAUGAAAGCAAUGUAUAAUGAAAAUGGAUCUAUCAACAAAACUAAAAUUGGUAUAAUACGACAGCUGCUUACUCAGGAUAUAAUUACACAGAAGCAGUUUGAUGAUUUCAUGAAAGCAGAGCAUGAGGUUACAACUGAAUUAAAACAAACAGCUCAUAACAAUGCAGAACUUGUUACCUCCAAAGCAGAUAAUAGCAGUAGAACAAUAUGGGAAAAGGAAGAAGCGACUGGUUUAGACUUCAGACUGACUGCAGAUGUUGAUGACAGAGUUACAUCACUUAAAGAUCAUCUGUUGAAGGAAAAUAAGGGGAAUGGGUUAAAAUGGCUUCAGAAAGUUCUUAUUGACAUCUGUCAUGUAAAACUUGCAACAGAGAAUCAUCAGAUGGACAAUGAAAAUGUUAUUCUGGAACCUGUGGCCUACUUUUGUUCAUUGAAGAAGCAGUCAAUUCCUGUGGUGCCAUGGACAUCUGAGCAGAAAAGUCUGAUGCUGUAUCAACCAUUUGUUCAGCUACUUCAUACAUUGGGUUUUCAUUUGCCUCUUGAUUCUGGAAAAAUAUUUGCACGUGUUCCUGAGUUUUGGACUGCUGAUGUUGUUUUCAGUAUAGCACAAAAACUGGGGCCAAUUGAUAAAUCUGUAUUGAAGUUCGAUGAAAUGUUACUAAAGAAUAGUGAAUGUCAAAUGGAAGACAGUGAAAUUAUGCCGCCUAUGCCUAUGAUGAUGCUAGAAAACAACUUCACACUUCCAAAUAUUUAUCAGUCUUCUUCAGCUAUACGAUCUGUGCCUCAUCCUGCUUCAUUUAACGACUGGAUGCAGCUUACCAUGAAUUCAAAAACUGCUGUCUUACCUCAGAGGCCAUCAUCCCCUACAGAACCAAGUUUUCUUUCUGGGGUGCAACAUGCUGAUAUCGACAAAGGGCCACCCACUGUAUCAAAUGAGAAAUUUCAUGAAGAUUGUGAUUCUAAUGAUGAACUGAGAGUCUGUAGCUUAAGUGAAAUGGAAGCUGAGAGUGUGGCUUCAGAACUUACGCGAAUGUGUGUCAGCGAUGAAGAAGAUAAACAAGGCAUCGAAGUGCCUUUUCCAAGUUCCAGUACUGCUGGUCUUUCGUAAAAGACUGUGGACAUUGUAUGGUGAAAUUAGCAGUGUCAUUUGAUUGAGUAUGAGACUAAUUGAAGAACAGAAGUUUCAGUAAAGCUACUGUGUUCAAGUUUGUAAUUUUAUACUUGUUAUUACUGAAAAGAGUUUUGAAAAUGAUAUGUCACAUAAGUAUAUUAUAUGUAUGUCAGAAUAAAGAUGACCCUUACUAUAUCACUA